UCUCACCCUUCAUUCUAAAGCUGACCCCCCACCUUCCCCUUUCUCUCUCUAAAGGCGUAAAUCCAGCGCAAAGAAUUAGCCUUGUUGAAGGGUUGGUCGGUGGGGCGCCUCCUCUCUCUCUCUCUCGGUUUUCUCUUUCGCCCAUGAUGUGAAACCCUAGCUGCCCGCUACUAGGAAUUACGGCCUUGGCUCCAAGAAGCGGAGGGGGUGGGGGGGCUCGCCGGAUCGCCGCCACGACAUGGGAAACUGCUGCCGCUCGCCGGCCGCCGUCGCCCGGGAGGACGUCAAGUCACACUUCCCCGCCGCCCACCACCACCAUUACCAAGCUUCCGGCGCCGCCGCCAAGAACCACCUCCACAACGGCGCCGCCGGAGGCUACCCCAAGCGACCGACGGUCCUCACUGGUGGCGCCUGCGACACCGUCCUUGCCGGCGGCAUCGAGGAGAAGUACCUCCUCGACCGCGAGCUCGGGCGGGGGGAGUUCGGGGUCACCUAUCUCUGUAUGGACCGGGAUACGAAGGAGGUUCUUGCCUGCAAGUCGAUCUCGAAGCGGAAGCUCCGGACGGCCAUCGACGUUGAGGACGUCCGGCGGGAGGUCGCUAUCAUGCGCCACCUCCCCAAAAACCCCAGCAUCGUGAGCUUGAAGGAGGCGUGCGAGGACGAGAGUGCGGUGCAUUUGGUGAUGGAGUUGUGCGAGGGCGGGGAGCUCUUCGACCGCAUCGUGGCGCGGGGGCAUUACACCGAGCGGGCUGCCGCCACCGUCACCCGGACCAUCGUCGAGGUCGUCCAGCUCUGCCACCGCCAUGGGGUGAUCCACCGGGACCUCAAGCCGGAGAACUUCCUUUUCGCCACCAAGAAGGAGAACUCGCCGUUGAAGGCGAUCGAUUUUGGGUUGUCGAUAUUCUUCAAGCCUGGAGAAACAUUCUCUGAGAUUGUAGGAAGCCCAUACUACAUGGCUCCUGAAGUUCUGAAGCGGAAUUAUGGGCCGGAGAUAGAUAUAUGGAGUGCGGGAGUAAUUCUCUACAUACUAUUAUGUGGAGUUCCCCCAUUUUGGGCUGAAACUGAACAAGGGGUUGCACAAGCCAUUCUUCGGGGGCUUAUAGAUUUUAAGCGCGAACCAUGGCCAAGUGUUUCAGAAAAUGCUAAGAAUCUGGUCCGUCAGAUGUUGGAGCCUGACCCAAAACUUAGACUAACCGCAAAGCAAGUUCUAGAACAUCCAUGGCUUCAAAAUGCUAAAAAAGCUCCAAAUGUUCCUCUUGGAGAUGCUGUCAAGUCGAGGCUUAAACAGUUUUCGAGGAUGAAUAGAUUUAAAAGGAGAGCUUUAAGGGUCAUUGCGGAUCAUUUGUCCAUGGAAGAAGUUGAAGACAUAAAAGAUAUGUUUAAGAUGAUGGACACUGAUAACGAUGGCAUUGUUUCAUAUGAGGAACUGAAAAAUGGACUUGCAAAAUUUGGUUCCCAUCUUGUGGAGUCUGAAGUGCAGAUGCUUAUUGAAGCUGUAGAUACCAAUGGAAAAGGAAAGCUAGACUAUGGGGAGUUUGCUGCAGUAUCUCUUCAUUUGCAGAGGAUGGCAAAUGACGAGCAUCUCCGCAGAGCCUUUUCAUACUUUGAUAAGGAUGGGAAUGGCUACAUUGAGCCAGAGGAGCUUCAGGAGGCCUUGGUGGAAGAUGGAGCUGCUGACAGCAUGGAUGUGGCAAAUGAUAUCCUACAAGAAGUUGACACGGACAAGGAUGGAAGAAUAAGCUAUGAUGAAUUUGUGGCAAUGAUGAAAGCUGGAACAGAUUGGAGGAAGGCAUCACGACACUACUCAAGAGGAAGAUUCAACAGUCUCAGUGUCAGACUAAUGAAGGAUGGUUCUCUAAAGCUGGGUGGUGAGUGAAGUGCGGGCAGAUUCACAGUCUCAGCAUCAGACUGAUGAAGGAUGGUUCUCUAAACCUGGCUGGUGAGUGAAAUGGCAGCCAGAGGUCUUGUAUGUUUGUUGUUGAAAGCGGAUGCUCUCCAACCUUUAAUUUUUUCACAUUAUUUUGGGUGGGAUUAGUUAGGUGGCGGCCCUUUAUUGGCUUACCCUGUAAUUAGUUCUUCAGCUAGCAUGAUGAGCAUUUGCGUUGCUGUGUUUGUUUGCAUUUGAAGUUGCCGCUGUCUGAUACACUUAUGUUGUAUUGCAGUAUUGGCUUUGUUGUAAUUUUUAGAUGCACACUAUUGGUUUUUAAUAGCCAAUGUUCAUUUAUAUAAAAGUUAUGUUAUUAGUUGGAUUCACAAAAA